CUCAGUUAGUAGUAGAGGCUUGCCUGCCGUAGGCGUGUUCAGAAACGUACGCGGCUCGGUCGUCUACCGCACCAGUCCUUAGCACCUCCUGGGGCAUGACUGCCAAGUCUGGAGGCACAUUCAUCAUUGAGCCAUGAUCAUUCAUCCACAGUAGGAUGGUGAGGAACGAACGAAUGAGACCGACUGUGGUGGUUGUCUUUCUGAUUGUCAUCAUGUUGCCAGGUUCGAAACAAGGUCCACAUGAGAAACUACUGCUCAACAAUUUGCUUGCGUCUUACAAUGUCCUCGAGAGGCCCGUUGCCAACGAGUCUGAACCCUUGGAAGUUAAAUUCGGCCUAACACUACAGCAAAUUAUCGAUGUGGACGAAAAGAAUCAGAUUCUCACGACAAACGCUUGGUUAAAUUUGGAAUGGAACGACUACAACCUGCGCUGGAACGAAUCAGACUAUGGAGGGGUUAAGGACUUGCGGAUCACACCUAAUAAGCUAUGGAAACCAGACGUUCUGAUGUAUAACAGUGCUGAUGAGGGUUUCGACGGGACUUACCAAACUAAUAUUGUGGUCAAACAUAACGGCAGCUGCUUGUAUGUCCCACCCGGUAUCUUCAAGAGCACAUGCAAGAUAGACAUUACGUGGUUCCCAUUCGAUGACCAACAUUGUGACAUGAAGUUUGGUAGCUGGACUUAUGAUGGCAACCAGCUUGAUCUGGUCCUUAAUUCUGAAGAAGGAGGUGAUUUAUCUGAUUUCAUAACGAACGGUGAAUGGUAUCUUAUCGGAAUGCCCGGAAAGAAGAAUACAAUUGUUUACCAAUGCUGUCCUGAACCGUAUGUGGAUGUAACCUUCACUAUUCAAAUACGUCGUCGUACCUUGUACUACUUUUUCAAUCUGAUCGUUCCAUGCGUACUAAUUUCUUCUAUGGCUCUACUGGGUUUCACUCUACCACCGGACUCUGGAGAAAAGCUAACAUUAGGAGUGACCAUCUUACUGUCGUUGACUGUGUUCCUGAACCUAGUGGCUGAAACCUUGCCCCAAGUAUCUGAUGCCAUUCCCUUGUUAGGAACUUACUUCAACUGUAUAAUGUUCAUGGUUGCUUCUUCAGUGGUUCUUACAGUCGUGGUUUUAAAUUACCAUCACCGAACAGCCGAUAUUCAUGAAAUGCCUCAAUGGAUUAAAUCUGUCUUUUUGCAAUGGUUACCGUGGAUUUUGGGAAUGAGUCGACCUGGCAAGAAAUUGACCCGCAAGACAAUACUAAUGAAUAGCAGGAUGAAGGAAUUGGAAUUGAAAGAACGAUCUUCGAAAAGUCUCCUGGCUAACGUUUUAGACAUCGACGAUGAUUUCCGGAAUGUAUCUGGUGCUACAAGCUCUACUGGAAACAAUUCAACGCUUACGACGAACCUAGGCCCGGGCUUCAUAAGGCACCCGACGACAAUAGAAGAUGCUAACAUUUCAGGAAGUGGCACCUUUCAACGCGACCUUCAGCACAUUUUAAGGGAAUUGCAAUUUAUUACUAAUAGAAUGAAAAAGGCUGACGAAGAAGCAGAAGUAAUUAGCGAUUGGAAAUUUGCGGCUAUGGUAGUUGACAGAUUCUGCUUGAUUAUUUUUACGAUGUUUACUAUAAUUGCAACGGUCGCUGUAUUGUUAUCGGCGCCUCACAUUAUUGUUCAGUAAAUUGACAACUCAAAAAAUAAACUCGUUACAAAAAGGCGACAAAACAUCGACAUAAAUUUUGUAACGCCUAAAAUCAGCUUCAAUUGAAAACGUACAUCAAUACCAUAACUGUAUACUCGUACCAAUUAUAAUAUCACGAAUGUCCGAUUAGUAAAUCACUAAAAUGAUUUUACGGACGCAAAUGCUGAUGUUACAACAAAUAUUAACAUUGAAUGUUUACUGUGAUAAAACAGCAGAUUGUGUCGGCAGUUCGGCACACGAGCAUUUCAAUUUGUGCAAUGUGCCUUUUUCUGUGGAACAUUCACGAGCUGUUAACCAACUAAAAGGCAGGCACCUAUGUAUGUGCAAGUUUUGCUAAUCGCUGCAUCGUACACCAUACUGCUGUGGGGCUGCAAGACAUUUCCAUCUGUCAAACGUCGAAACAAAGAAAAUCUAUUUGUACAAUUGUACUUCCACUAAAAUUGUUUAAGUUUUGUCGUUGUUGCAUUAUCGACGACAAUGAACGGACUUUGGGCACACUCUCGUGUUCUAUAUCUUAUCCAGUCAAUAGAG